UCGGUCGACGGAACAGUCGCGUACCUACUCAGUAGCGAUUCGAACUCGAAGUCGGUCGUGAGGAGUAUAUAUUAUUUGUUCUGUAAUGCGUACCGUGUAUCCAUUUUUCUUUAUUUUCUUGUACAUUCUAGUGUGUUGUGUUUCUUGCACUUUCGAAGAGAAUUGUGUCCAUACGGAAUACGCUUCCGGAAACCGACAAACGAUGUUUUUACCAUUUGUCAAAUUUUUGUUCGUCAGUCCUCUGUGGAUUGUCGCAAGUGAUCACAGUAUUCUUUAUUAAUAGCAGAGUUGUGCGAGAUAAGAGAGCAAACAUUUUUCUAAGAUGUUGACUUCCAGUGCAAAUCAGUAUCUCCGUCCGGAAUAUCUUACACCUCUGCCAACUACGAAAACGUGAGUCGGCCUGGGUCACUGGGAAGGAAGUGCUAGCCAUUUGGAAUACAACAAAAAUACCAUACAAGCAAUGCAUUCGUGUCGUCGAGGAUAUCAAGAACUUGUACGAGCUUUGGCGUUCCUAUCAAAAAAAUAAGAAUAACCCAAAGAGUGCUGCCAAAUGUGAGGAGCUCAAAAAGUUGUUCAGGGUUCGUCUGGACUGUUUAUUUGAUCUGGGCAAGAAGGAUGCUGUACAUGUAAUGGCCAUGAAUAAACAAAAUGCAAAAGACAGCAAAGACAAGGCAAGAUGGGAGGAAGAGAGGCUCCUUUACAUUGAUUAGCAUGGUCCGAGGGUUGGAACAAUUGGCGGAAUAGAUCUGAAGUUAAAAAGGCAAGAAGUUUUGAGGUUAGAAAAGGAAAAGAAGCGACAAUUAAAGGAACAGCAGAUGAAGGAACGGAGCGAGAAAGAAAUGAAAAAGGAAGAACUAGAAAAGGAAAAGCCUGUCUUGUCCAGCUCUACUACGACUGACGACACGUCAUUCGAAGCGUCGUCGUAUGAUAGUCCAAAGCGAAAGCGCAGAUGUAUGGACGUCGUCAGUUCGAACGUAGUGGAUAUACUAGAUGCUGGAGAAGUUAACAACCGGAAGGCAGCCAAGCUGCUCUCAGCCAUCGUGUCAACGAUCGGCAUCCCUGUCAAACAAACAAACAUGAAUGAAAAAACGCUAAGAACAAAGAGGAAAGGUUUGCGCAAGUAAGCUGCAAGGAAAGUCAUACAUACUUUCCAGUCUGACUCAGUCUUGACUGUGCAUUGGGAUGGGAAAAUAGUUCCCCAUUUAACGGACAAAAAUGAAAAGCAAGAUAGGCAGGCGAUCAUUGUAACCGGCAAUUCAACCGUGCAACUCCUUGGCGGCUUCGUUAUAAAAAAUGGUACGGCAAAGGAAAUCGCUAAUGCGGUUGUAGGUUCACUCCGAAACUGGGGAAUAGUUGACGAGGUCAAAGCCAUGUCUUUUGACACAACGAAUACAAACUCAGGCACAACGGAUGGUGCGUGCGACAUUCAUAGAGGCUGAGUUAGAGAAACAACUUCUGUGGCUACCCUGCCGUCACCAUGUGUUUGAACGAGUUUUAGUUGAUGUUUUUCACUCGCUAAUGGGAGCUCUACUGGACCUGACACUCAGAUCUUCAAGAAAUUUUCAAAUGAUUGGAAAUCAUUGGAUCACGCGAAAUUUUCUGUGUGUGCUACGUUGAAAGAAUCGCGCAGUGCUCUGUCCACUUGUGCUGAGAGUUUGAUCAAGUUCGUUCUCAAUGAAAUUGAAGCAGGUCAACCACGCGACGACUACUUGGAACUUCUGGAACUAAGUAUUAUCUUCUUAGGUGGAACGCCUCCUCGAGGCGUGCGGUUUCGUCGACCAGGGCCUGUGCACAGUGCGCGUUGGAUGGCAAAGGCUAUCUACUGCCUGAAGAUGGUCCUGUUUCGCACGCAGCUUGUGGCUCGGAAGUUGGAUGCGAAAAAAAGCCCGCUCGCACUCCUCGCUCAGGCUUGCAAUCAAAUAGGAGCAGACAUGCCGUCCAAUAAAUCUCUCCUAGGCUCGUUGGACAAGCCGUUGAAAUCUGCGGAUCAGUCGCGUGAAAAGUCGUCGCCAGCAAUCGCACCAACUGCAACGUCCGCAGACUCUAACAAGACCAAUUUUAAACCAUACGAGUCGUGUUUGGAUUCUGAGAAAGCACCAAGUCCAGACGAGCAACGUUCAUCCUCUAGUCAUUCGGUGUCUGGUCGAUCCAGGACACCUGGUAGCAGUAGUAAGCGAUGCUCGAGCAAUCACAGCGCCUCAUCUGUUCAAGCAGUAACGCCGCAAGGUCGGAAAACUGCGACACCGAACAGCGAUAUUACUCGAGAAUCACCUGUUGCGAGGAUGUCGUUGACUCAACUCGAGUCGUCAAAUUCGUCGCAACCAACCGCAGCCGUUACCUCCAGCAGUGUUCUAGCUAUGACAGAUCCGUUCGUCAAGGAUCUUCCGUUGGGAAUUUUCAAGCCAGGAGUCAGUUUAUCAUCUUCGAGUUCCGGCUAUCUAGCCUAUAACCUGCAAUCACCUGUCGACGCAAUGGCCAGUUCUUUAGUGUCUCAGCACCAUGCAGCGUUAAAAAAUGGUUUAGUAACUGGAAACCCAUAUUUGAGUUACGCUAGAUUAAAGACUGCUAUAUGCCCCGACGCGCUAAUGCCCUUAUGCCGGGAUCCAUACUGCAACGGUUGUCAACUAAAUUCUCAUCUAUUCGUUAGCUCUGCGAGUGCGGCAGUCGCCAAUGGAAAACUAACUUCUAGCAGUGGUAGCACAUCCGGUUCCUGUCCUGCUGGUUGUACUCAGUGCGAUCACAAGUCCGAUACGCCUUACGGAACAUUGGGUGUUGCCGCUUACGCUCACGCACAGUUGGCUACCAUGGCUGCGACCUCGCAACUUCCCUACAUUUGCAAUUGGAUCGCCAGUGACACCGCCUACUGCGGCAAAAGGUUUUCCACGUCGGACGAGUUGUUACAGCAUCUGAGGAGUCACACGAGCGUGUCGGCCAGUGGAACCACGGAUUCUUCGGUGGCCACGAUGUCUCUGUUGUCGCCUUCCAUUGGAUUACCACCAACGCAUCUGUUAUUUUCUAGAACUUAUCCUACGCCUCCUUUGAGUCCGUUUGCAACUGCGCGUUAUCACCCAUAUGGAAAAAGUUCCCUAUUAUUUCCACCGUCCCUAUCACCGUUAGGUUUACCCCUUCCACCGCCGCAUCCGCAUAGUCUUGCGGGUCUGUCACCGUAUUUCUCUCCAUAUUCGCUAUACGGAAGUUCUCGUCUUGGGGCCGCGUCCGGUAUGCCUCAGUAACUUCUCGAACCUUAUUCCCUUGGACGCGGGCGUGUACGAAAGUAUCAACUGUUUAACUGUGAUCUAUGUGUGAAGUAUGAAGCGUGAAGGAUGAAGUACGAAAUAUAAAGUGUUUGAUAGAUAAGUUUAAAACGCGAGCGAGUGACCGAUCGACCGAAAAUACGGAAUUCAAACGUAAACAAGUGUAUUAUCGUUAAGAAAAAUCGCGUAAUUUCAUUUAAAGAUGAAAUUGGUUCCUCGAUGUUGUUCGCGGUAACGAUAAUAUACCUAAAUCUACGGUCUUGCAACUUUUUUCGUUUCGUCAAAUUACUUUACCAAGACAUCUCAUCGAUUCGAUAUAUCUUCUAAUGCAAUUGUAUACCUACAAAUUAUUAUAUCAAUGACAAAAUUCACAGCGCUCAUUUUAUGACUUUGUAGAAGUGUUUAUAUCUUUGUUGCGCUAAUUCUUUAUAUUUCCAAUAUAUCGAAUCUUUGGAAAAAACUCUUGAACUAACCUGCAAACAUUAGCGUAUCAAAUAUUUAACUGUGAUUCUUUCGCCAGUAUAACGGUGUGUAUAGUAAGUAGGAGCAAAUCUGGAGCAAACGGUUGUCUCAAACAAAAAUUUUGUCUAACGUGUAAUACACAAUUAUUAAUUAUCGUAGUGUAUAUUUCACGGGCUCUUUUGUAUCGUGACCUUAGGUUAUUGCGCAAUGCUCAAUGUUAUUAAUACGUAUCGUCUUUGUAUACCCAUUAUUUUUGGAUUGUUGUUCAAAUUUUACAAUGUUUACCACCUUCGAUUUGUAAUUUUCACAACAAUUUAGACUCGAUUGCGCUUACGUGCUUCUAAUUGUUCCGCGACGUAUAAACUGAAGCAUUGUAGUUGGCGUACUACGUCCAACAUACCAUACCACUUAAUAUGUAUUGUAAAAUGAAACAAACGUGUGCCACGGAUAACGUUGAAAAACCAAUGUUCAACUGUGAUUUCCGAGUGAGAAAGGUAAUGUCGGUGUAUCAGAUAUAUUGCGCUUCCGCCACAGAGAAUUAUUGCAUGUAUGUUACAUGUGUACGUGUAAGUUUAGAAUUUAUCGAUACAUCUGCGAUUGCGGUCUUUUAUUCGAUACAAUUUAUAAUAAGAGGCUAAUUCUAACAUCAACGCGUGCACACGAAUCUUCAGCCGACCAGGAUAUAAUUAUUUCCAAGUACAUCGAUCAAAUGUAAAGAUACUCGACUAGAAAUUAUGGCGUUGCUUUAAGAAUAGUACAAAAAAAUGAAACAAUCAUCUCAAUGCAAUCGUUAAGAGUAUUUCUCUUGUUUAUUUCAACUGCAUCGCAACUUAUUUAUAUUUAAAUAAAAAACAGCAGUAACGCGCUUAAAAAGACGUCAUACAAGAGACAACUAUUCGUUAUUUAUGGACGGCAUAAGCUCAAAAUUGUAUUUGUUUUUGUUAUGAAAAUAUAUUUCUCAUGUACAACGUUACAUUAGAAUACAUUGAGUUGUUUUGACGCGAUAAUAUUAAUAAGCAUACAUGCAUAUACAAUAUGCAUUGUUCACGCACGAAAAGAAUGUGGCCUGCAACGUCCGUAGAUUUCAUUACGCUUUGAAAAUUUGCAGAGAAGGAUGCCGUUGUACAUCAUUAUCCUUAUAGAGAUUAUAUAUGUAUAAUAAGACGAUAUUGUCUAAUCUGCAAUUUUAAAAGAGUGUUGAAAUCUACGAGCGCCUUGAUUUAGUCCGCUAGCACAACGAUUGCGUCUAAACGCCAGAAUGGAUUUCGGAAACACUUUAAAUUUAAAGCUUUAUAUAUUCAUCACAAGACUUAAUUCGAAGAAUUAUUAAUUUGAAGAAAAUCGGUUCAGCGAUAAUAAUCGUUACCCCUUAUAAUUUCUUGAUUUCUUUAUAUAUUUGUUAUUUGCAAUCAUUUUUAAAAAUACCUUUGUUAAAACCUAAAAAAUUAGAGCGAUUUGCAUACCGACCAAUGCAAUUUAACAAUUUUGUUGGGCACCGUUCAGUAAGACACGAGCCUGUGAAAAAGAGCAUAAUGGCUAAUCGGUCUAUGGCUCAGAUUUCUUGAAUCUUAAGAAAAAUCUUGGGUAAUGCUUAACUAAAUUGUAUAGUUGGGUAACCUUUACAUAAAAAUGUUAGAUAAGCGUUUUCUUUAGCUUCUCUAACAAAGUCGCACAUACAUAUGUACGUAUACUCUAUUAAGUAUGUGUGUGUAUUAUACUGUUAUCGUGAAGAUCGACUAUCCAAACGCUUAUCGAGAAUCGUUUGAGGACAUUCGUUUACUUUCAUGGACAUUCUUAGUAUGUCCUCCAUUGGUGCGCCAAACUGGGAAGUAGGUUAUGUAAUUCGAUUAUUGUGUUGAAUUGAACAAAACUGUGUUUACCAGUGUUCGCUGGUAGGUGCAUUUGUUACUUUGUGCCUUUUUUCUGUUACCGAUCGUAGCGGUAGUCUUAUUCCUAUAAGUGCUAACGCGUAUAAAUGUUUUACUUGAAUGCAACAAUGUCACAACCAAUACGGCAACAAAUAUAUGUUAAAACAGAAAUGCCCAAGCUGAGCUUGUUAAGAUUUAAAUUACGAUAAAUUUACCGUGUCAUGUAGCAGAGUUCUAGAAACAAUAUCCGUACUAAUGUACGAGCCGUGUCCACAGUUGACAAUUUGAAGUGUGGAUUUUGACGUGCAUGCACGAGAAUACUCCAUCGUUCCAUUAUAUGGUAUGGUAAUCGUCGUAAUCGAAAUCUCGAUGAGCUUAGCUUGUAUACUUAUGUGUUACAGUCAUCAAUCAGGUUAAUUUUUCGAGUUACAUUUACGAAUCACGCGUCGUACAGUUUUCGUUCCAAGUUGGUAUAAAUUUUUGUAACGCCGUGAACAUCAACUUUAGUCUACCGUUGCAUUGCGAGUGUAUUGUCUCUGACAUUAUGGUGAUUCAAAUUAGUAUAACAUAAUCUGCCUAUUUGUAGUAUUUAUGGAUUUAUAUUUAUCGAUAACUUUCAUUGUAAUUACUGUACAUUUGUUUAUAGAUACGUAGAGAUAAAUACAAGGAAAAUCAUUUUUUGACGAUACGGCGAAGUUCGGUGAUAAUAGACGCGUAUAUGUAAAUUGAACAAAUUCCUGACUAAGUGGCGAAUAUUGCAUCUAUAUUUUUGCGUAACCAAAGUGUUAGACUGACGGCACAUUGAAUACGUGUUUAUGCGUUUACAUGUACGGGCGUAUGAGUCUGAAAAUGAAUAUCAGCGUGCAGAUUAUUUCUAUCGUAUUUUGUCUUAUUCUUUUUGACGUUUUCUUUAAUUAAAUACUAAAGUUAAGCGUAUCUUGGGUGCGUUUGCAAGUGCGAAUGUAUACUUUGGAAGAAUAGCAUCACGUACAUACACGUCCAUUACAUUGAUCGAGUCAGUCACUGUAACUUUCGCUAUUUGUUUUUAUUUCCUUAAGACGAACUGUCUUCUUCUUACUGCGUUUACAUCAGCUUCUCAAACAGAUGAGAUCAUAUCAUAGGUCGCAAUAAUACACUAAUACAAUUAAUAAUACAAUAAUACAAUUCAAAUCUAAAUUAUAAAGUUGUAAUUGUUUGUGCAUUUUACAUGAAGAGUUCAUGUGUUUGUGUACAUGCAUGUAGCUAAUGUGCAGGGUUCCAUGUCAACUUUACAGUUGAGAUCGUUUGUGUAUAGAGUAUAGACUCGCAUGCACGGAGCCGCAUGAAUACGUACCUAUUUAAUGUGCAAUCAGCCUUAGUAAUGGACCGAUAAUUUCAUAGCGUUACAGGUUCCUGUAUAAUAAGGUUAUAGAACGAAUAGAAAGAAAAUAUAUUGCGAGAUAUUUAGUUGUAAAUAGAUUUAUUUUAUUGUAUAUAAGAUUUAUACGUAUAAUAUAAAUAUGUAUACGUGUAUAAUUAUUAUUAGGAUCCAAGGCAUUUUUGGUAAGUCAAUGACAUGUUAAAUUGCUGUUUAUACUGUUAUUAUAUCAUUGAUCUGCAUUAAUUAAUACGUUUCGAUACACUAUUCACCAUCAGA